AGUGAAAUUUGUGGCUACUCUUGUACUGUUCUGUUUGAUUGAUAAUUCAUGAUUAUAUUAUGAUGAUUAAUUCAUUGAUAAUUUCACUUUCCAUUCUAACUGCCUCCUGUUGCCAAUAAAAUUCUAGAAAUGGUUAACAUCCUAAUGCUUUGUUACCUUGAUGGUUAUAUGCAUCGGAGACAGCAGAUACUUUUCUAGAAAAAGGUAAAAUGGCAUAAUCAUGGGUUUGAAUAUCUUGACAACUAUGGUCAUGUAAUCUUUUAUUAGAGAGCAUAAUUAAUAUAAUUAAAGGAAUCUGAUGUAAUGAUAUUGCUUUGAAUAUGGUCUUAAAUAGAAUAAUAUGGAAAAAUUUGAUCCAUGUAGCACAAUGAAUGGUUCUUUGUAAGUGUCUGUGAAUAAGAACUAUUUUAUAUUGUUGUUUCCACAUAUAUGUAAAUGUCUCAUGUUGGAACCACUGUGAUUGCACAAUUCGAUAUGCAGUAGCAUCAUUUGUGCACGUCCUUCUGUGAUUGGCUCUUCAUUUGUACACAUCCUUCUGUGAUUGGCUCUUCAUUUGUGCACAUGCAGUUCUGGUCAUGUAUCUUGAUCUAUGUCCAUCUGACAAACUUGAAUAUAAAAUGGUUUUAAUGUAUAUCCCACUGUUAGAUAAAUUUCCUGCUUUAUUUUUGUUAUUUAAUAUACUUACUCAUAUUUUAGAGCUGGGAAAAAACAAUGGACUGUCAUAGCCCUGGUCAGGGAUUGAUGCCUGCAAGUUUUAAAGUGCGCACAGUUCCUCUUGAUGCUGAUGAUUCAGCAACAGAGGAGGUAUUGGAUCCUGACUUUGGAGAAGCAGCUAUUGGCCGUGUUGCUCCUGUUGAUUCUGGAUUGUGGUGGAUUAUAUUAUUACGGGCAUAUGGAAAAUGCUCUGGCGAUCUUUCAGUUCAGGAGAGAGUUGAUGUCCAAACUGGAAUCAAGAUGAUUCUACGGCUAUGUCUUGCUGAUGGUUUUGAUAUGUUUCCUACAUUAUUGGUGACAGAUGGUUCUUGUAUGAUAGAUCGUCGCAUGGGGAUUCAUGGACAUCCUCUGGAAAUUCAGGCGCUUUUUUAUUCAGCAUUACUAUGUGCACGUGAAAUGCUUACUCCAGAGGAUGGAUCAGCUGAUCUUAUUCGAGCACUUAACAAUCGUCUUGUUGCUCUGUCAUUUCAUAUCAGAGAAUAUUAUUGGAUUGAUAUGAGAAAACUUAAUGAAAUUUACCGUUACAAGACUGAAGAGUAUUCAUAUGAUGCCGUUAAUAAGUUCAAUAUUUAUCCGGAUCAAAUUUCUCCUUGGUUGGUGGAAUGGAUGCCGAAUAAAGGAGGCUAUCUGAUUGGGAACUUACAACCAGCUCAUAUGGAUUUCCGAUUCUUUUCUCUAGGAAAUUUGUGGGCUGUUACGAGUGGUCUUGUAACGACUGAUCAAUCACAUGCUAUAUUGGAUCUCAUCGAAGCUAAAUGGGCUGAUUUGGUGGCCGAUAUGCCAUUUAAGAUCUGCUACCCAGCUCUUGAAGGUCGGGAGUGGCAGAUCAUUACAGGCAGUGAUCCCAAGAACACGCCCUGGUCCUACCACAAUGGUGGUUCAUGGCCGACUUUACUGUGGCAGCUCACAGUCGCAUGCAUGAAGAUGAAUAGACCAGAAAUUGCUGCAAAGGCUGUAUCAGUUGCUGAGAAACGCAUAUCUAGGGACAAAUGGCCUGAAUACUAUGAUACUAAAAAGGCAAGGUUUAUUGGAAAACAAUCACACCUGUUUCAGACCUGGUCUAUUGCUGGAUAUCUUGUGGCAAAACUUCUGCUUGCAGACCCUAAUGCAGCAAAGAUUUUGACAACUGAAGAGGAUUCUGAACUUGUCAAUGCCUUCUCCUGCAUGAUUAGUUCUAACCCAAGAAGAAAACGAGGUCCAAAGAGCUUGAAGCAGACAUACAUAGUUUGAGGUUCUCUAAAUCGUGUGCAUACCUGAUUUAUGGUACAUUUAUUGUCUCCAAUGGUCAUAAUUUGGAAUUGGCUGUUGAAGUGUAAUAUGUAUAUCACUUUUCUUUUGAUUUAUUCAAUUUAGUCAAGCUUAAUUAGUGAAACAACCCUAUAGAUGUAUCAAAAUUUCUUAUGUAAAGAUUGUUUCUAUGAUUUAGGGUAAUAGGUAGUGCUGUAACAUAUUAUUGUAGUCUAGACGGAUCCUAUGGGAACUCUUCUUUUGUCAAACUGUUAUAUAUAUGAAUAUAGUUAAUGUAUGUCUUAAGGUUUUAAUUGUAAAUCGAAGAACAUUAUAUCUAUAUAAAGUUCUUUUUAAUUGCGA